AUGACAUGGAUCCUGAUACUUCGUCGCCAAGAAUUGUUCUGGGGUGGGGUGGACUAUUUUAUUCCCUCCAAAUUUGAAGUAUUGGCUUGCUUGAUCAAUUCGUGGACUGCGUUUCUUAGGAAGUCCUAUAUAUUUGUUGACAGACCCCUUCGCUUUUCUUCCUCCAAUCUGUGUCUAAAGAUGGGGCUGUCUUUCACCAAGCUUUUUAGUCGCCUGUUUUCUAAGAGAGAAAUUCGCAUUGUUAUGGUUGGUCUUGAUGCUGCUGGUAAAACCACAAUUUUGUAUAAGCUCAAGUUGGGUGAAGUUGUCACGACUAUCCCUACCAUCGGAUUUAAUGUGGAGACUGUUGAGUACAAGAACAUUAACUUUACUGUAUGGGAUAUUGGUGGUCAGGACCAGAUUAGUCGUUUGUGGAGGUUUUACUUCUCGAACACACAAGGGCUUAUCUUUGUGGUCGAUAGCAAUGAUCGAGAUCGUGCGGGUGAGGCAAGAGAUAAGCUGCACAAGUUGUUGAAUGAGGAUGAAUUAAAGGAUGCCGUGUUGCUUGUGUUUGCAAACAAGCAAGAUCUUCCCAAUGCAAUGAAUGCUGCUGAGAUCACUGAUAAGCUUGGCCUUCAGUCUCUCCGACAGCAACGCUGGUAUAUCCAGAGCACAUGUGCCACUUCUGGAGAAGGGCUAUACGAGGGACUGGAUUGGCUUUCAAACAACAUUGUUAACAAGGCUUAGUGGAUUGUCACGCUUGCUGGAUGGGUUUUGUUUAACUCUUUGUAUGGUUGCACGUUAUUUGGAGUAUAGAUGUAAUUUCCAUCAUUUUAUUACCAUUACUUUUGGUGUUUUAGAUACUCUUUCAGACUGUGGCAAUAAAGCACAAAGAUGGUUACUUUUGAAAUUACUCUUUUCUUCUUUUUUUCCCCUUCUCACAUUUAC